AUGAGGAUCCUUUACCAGCUCCUGGCUGUCCUCUUCAUGGUGCUCCAAGGAGUGGCAGGUCAGCACUUCUUCCCUAGGCCAGUCGACCCUUGUGUACUCCAAAAUGGAAUCUGCUUUCCAGGGAUAUGUCGGCGGCCAUAUUACUGGGUUGGAACGUGUCAUAAUGGAGGUUCCUGCUGUGCGAGGUAUGUGAAAGUGCAAGGCAUCACCUCAGCAGUGACUGAGAUCCUCUUGGGGGUGGAGGCACUGAUGACUCCCUGGAUUCUCCUUGGAAAUCCUUUCCGCAUCUACCUAGUGGCCUCUCAAUCACCCUGA